AUGGGAGACACGGGACAGAUCGCGGACCCUUGGAUGCCACCAAAGACGCCCCAGGCGCUACCUCUGGGCAAACCCAACAUCUACCCUUUAGGCGAACGACAUGGCGUCAGCGUAUCCCUGCCCACAUGGGAUUCUGUAAUUGGAUUGUCUCGAAAGGAAGACUGGGUUUUAGACCAUCUGGAAUGCAGCUAUCCUCGGUUCUAUAUCAACAAGCCGGUUCGGGAUCUCUCAGCGGCAGUUCUCCAACGGGCCAUUGCCUCUGAAAGCAACACUCGUUGCCUGGUCUUUGCGUCUGCUGAUGCUGCUCACAAAUGCCUUGCUGCUCUAAGAGCCUCUACGACCAGUGCGGAGGACGAGGACCUGGCGUUAUUGGAGAGCACCCGUUUUUUUAUGCCUCCAGAGUCAGCCCGGGAUGCUACAGCCUGUCACUGGGCAAACUUUUCUGCCGUACUAUUCCCAUUCUCUCUAUGGAAAAAAGCGAUGGCGUUCUGGAGAGACACUGGAAGUGGACUGUCCACCCGCCACGCAGAGUUCUGCCUUGGUGAGCUGGAUUAUCUGGACUGUGAUUCGGCAGAUCCAGCAUUGCGCAGUCCAGCACCCCUCAAAAGGUGCCAUCGCCGCACCCCCCAAACUCUAGCCUCUGUCCAAACCGCAGCCGCCGGCAUGCCUAAACUGAAGUCCAUUCUUGCGAAGCUGGCCACCUCUGACCAGCCAAGCGAGCCGGUGGUACAUCCUGACGAUGUAUUCCUCUAUCCCACCGGAAUGAACGCCAUCUUUUCAUUGUCGGAGUGUCUAUGUUCAAUCACGCCUGACUCAACUGUGGUUGCCUUUGGUUGGCUGUAUCCAGAAACAAUCGAGGUCCUCCGAGGAGGUGCGUGGAAGAAGUGCCUCUCGUACAAAUAUGGAACAGAGAAAGAGUUGGAUCAGUUGGAGAACGUGCUCCAGUCGGGCAAGCAAAUCGAAGCUCUAUUCUGCGAGUUGCCCAGUAAUAUCUUAUUGUCUUCACCAGACCUCCGUCGGAUCCGGGCUCUUGCCGACAAAUUUGGGUUCAUCGUGGCUUGUGAUGACACUGUCGCGGGUUUCGUUAAUCUGGACGCAAUAGCGUGUGUGGAUGUCAUGGUAUCCAGUUUAACAAAGACCUUUAGUGGCGCUUCCAAUGUCACCGGAGGAAGGUCAGUUUUCAGUCCCACAAUUAUCGAUAUUCGCACGCUCACCUCUCCCAGUCUCGUUGUAAACCCCGGCUCCCCGUACCGCAAUACUAUCAGGGCAGCUCUAUCUUCGAAAUAUGAGGAGACGUACUUCCCCCUCGACAUUCUUGCGCUCAUAGACAACUGCAAGAAUGUGGUCUGGCGGGUGAGGCAAUGCAAUGAAAAUACCCUCCCGCUGGUUGAUCUGCUCAGCUCCCAUCGAUCAAUUGCCACGGUCCAUCAUCCAUCUACCGCGCCAACUUCAUCCCUAUACCAAAGUUUGCAACGCAAAAAUGGAGGCUACGGUAAUGUCCUAAGUAUCAUCUUCCAUCGCCCCGCCAGUGCCGAGCAUUUCUAUAAUAUCCUUGAUGUCUGCAAAGGCUCUAGUUUUGGAACGAACUUCACCCUGGUGAUUCCAUAUGUUCAGCUGGCGAAUUACUGGAAGAGGGAAAAAGUCCCAAAGUAUGGGGUGCCGCAGCACAUCAUUCGCAUGAGUGUUGGACUUGAGGACAGUGACCAACUGGUAGCAACAGUCGCCAGAGCGCUUAAGGAAGUGGAGGAGUUUGAGUCUCAAAACACUGCGUAA